AUGCCGGAUCCGGUGUCUUAUCACCCUUAUCAUAUAUGCAACUGUGCGGCACAGUCAAUGCUUUGCCCGGCUGGCCCCAGUGGACCCCCAGGAUUGCCUGGAGCCGACGGAGAACCUGGCUUACCCGGAGCUCCUGGCAACGCAGGCGAACACUACCCAGUUCUCCUGUACGGCUUCGAUUGCAUUCUGUGUCCGGGCGGCAUGCCUGGUGAACGAGGACCAGACGGCCCCAUUGGACCACCAGGUCCUCCUGGUGAACCUGGGCUUCCUGGCGAGCCAGGCAUCGAUGGAGAACCAGGACCACCAGGGCCUCCUGGUCCUCCAGGAUUGCCUGGUCAAUCAGGAAGAAAUGCACCACCGGGGGAACCUGGGGUGGGUGCGCUGAGUUUCUUGGGACCUCCAGGAGAUCCCGGGCCAAGGGGUCCAGUUGGAGAACCGGGGCCGCCAGGGGAAGUGGGGGAAUGUGCUGAACCUGGUCGACCCGGUCCAUCGGGGCCACCUGGCCCUCCAGGGAAACCCGGCUCAGAUGGUUUCAAUGGACCGCCUGGAGCACCUGGUAUGGAAGGCCUUCGUGGCAUUGACGCAUUUUAUUGUUUGUGCCCAAAAAGAAAUGUAAUUUAUAUUGAUGGUGAUUUGAGGUAA